AUGUCGCCAAAAUCACCGAAAGGCAUCAUUGAUCUAAGCGCUGACAACCCAGCAGCCGUCGCCGCCAUGAUGCAGUACUGUUACCAACUGGAUUACACGGACCAAUUAGCUGGCUCAGACCUUGACGUACCCGAGGAGGUCACUCUGCGCUCUCAUGUUGACGUAUAUAUGCUUGCAGAGCGAUACGGGAUAGCCGGCUUGAAGGCACUCGCACUCCAGAAAUUCGAGGACCUCGCGGCAAUUGUUUUGGUAGUCGAUGGCCAGGAAGAGCAGUUGCUGCAUGCAAUUCGCGCUAUCUACGCACCUGAGCGAACGGCUAAUGCAGAGAGUCUCAAGAGCGUGGCGAUUAAGCUCUGCGCUGACCAUGUGCAAGCUUUCAUACAUGGUACGGGCAGAACCAUGGCGCUUGUAUACGAGUCAAUGGAUGAGCUACCGGACUUCAGAGCGGACCUAUUCGACGAGAUGGCAACGCGCUGGAAAUAG